AUGCGAUGGAAUGAAAUGAGCCGCGACGGCUAUCGAGAGAUGAUUGACUUUUGGAAGUUGGUUCGGCGGACGACGAGAAUGAAUCUCCGCGCGGCUCAUUCCAUCAAUCCGCCAAGGCUACUUUCUGCCCCUGGCAAUCGCCGCCCCGCGGGAGUACACCUUGGCUCAGCCGGCUGUCCCGCCACAGAGAGGUCACUCCGCUGUGAGCUCCUUCUCACGUUCUGUCGCUAAUGAAUGAGCUUCUUGUUGUGACAUCUUUAUAGAGUUAACCUAUGAAUGAACUUUCGAAUAAGACUUCAUCAAGAUUUGAGCUUUUUUGUAAAGAUUCCAAUGAUUUCCAAAUAAGAGGUUACUCCGCUGAGCUUUUAUCUUUUCCUGUAUUUUAUGAAUGAGCCUUUUUUGUGAAAUUAUUCAGUUAACCUAUUGAGGAAAUUCUGGCAGAGAUUGGUACACAUUUUCUCUACAAUUUUUUGAUUGUCCAUAAUUUAAUAAUCCGGCAGAGAUCUUAUCAGGUCAGAGCUUUUCCCUUCAUUUUACGUUUGUCACUUAAAAAGUCACUUCCCAUCUUUCUCUUAUUUUCAUUCUCUAAUGGUCACUAAAGAGCCCACUCCGCUGAUAAUAUCUCUUUUCUCACGUUCUGUCGUAAAUUUAUGAACUUUUUUGUUAAAUCGAGUUAACCCAUAAAUGGACUCUCGGUAGAAAUUUUGAUCAGAAUCUUUUUUUUUAAAAAGUUUUAAUUAUUUUCACUAAAGAGGUCACUACGCUUAGUUUUUUAAAAAUAUUUUUAGUUACUAUUUCCGAAUCAGAGUAGAUUUCGAACUAUCGAAAGGUCUAGAGUCAUCAAAUAACUCUGAGUUUGCCGUUUUCAAUAAUUUUUUUCUAAGAAAUAAUCCAUUUUCACUAUGCAUUUUACACACCCUUGCGGUCAGAUUAGGCGGCUCCGAACCUUUCGCGAUUUUAAUUACGGGGCGAGAGGAAUCCUUGGCGUCGGCGGCAACGAUGCCAUCUUCCAUUCCACUCCAAUCACUCUUGAAUCUCGGCUUUUCGCGUUCCGUUUUCCCCCUCAGGGCAUCAGUCACCUCAAGCACGAGGUGUCUUGGAGAUCCUUGACCGUGGCUUUCUGGAGCGAUUUUUUUUUUCUGGCCCGUUUGUGUUUUUCUAGAUCGAGGACCUGAAAGCCUCGAUCGGAGAGUUUGAAGUUUAUAUUCCAAGAAUAAUCACUUGAUAAAAAAGUGUGACAUUUUGAGAUUUUCAAAUUCAUGCGAGCAGAGCUGACCCUGUUGAUCUAAGAAAUUGAUUAAAUUUUUUCUUUGGGUUUUUGAAUCAUUUUUGAGCUUCCUUUUAGAGGACCUAAAAUUUAUAUAUCAUGUGGUUACUUUACUAUUUUGCGCUCAUGUUGAUAAGGAGUAGAUAAGAUCAGUUUUUAGCGGAAAAGCCUUUCAAAAUAAUUUUGUAUUUUUUUACGACUGUAUUAGUUCUCAAGAAUAAUAGGCCAAGAAUUUGUUUGAAUGAAGAGUUUACCUGAAUGAAAUCCUGGAAAAGUUAGUGAGGAAAAAAAGUUUCCCAAUUUCAUUGCACUCUAUCAAUCUCAAUCCAUCCUGCUUGUCAGAGCGAGUUUCUUCAAAUUUGAGAAACGACGUCGAAUCUUCCGACUCGGGAACGUGUCGGAUAAACGUCAAAAUGGCCUCGAGGCCAUCACUUAGCCUUCCCCCAAAUGUUGAGGAGAUUUGGAUAAGGCGCCCGGUGGCCAAUUGUUGACAGGCGUGUUAAACGGCCUCUCGCGCAUUCAUUUACGGUCUCAUAUUGUUUUAUUGACUCGUUAACGAGCUGUUUUCAGUGUAUUUGGUGACACAGUUUUCGGCCAUUUUAUGUUAGCUUUCAAGGUCUGGGCUAACUGGAGAGAGCUUUUUGUUGCGAAUUUCCUUUUUUGAAACCAUCGUAAAGGAAGGACCUGGCAGUUUUUGUUCAGAAGAAUAUCAGGUAUUUAGUGUUUCCAUGCAUUUUUUCAUUCAUUUUCCUAACCAAAAAUGAUUUCUUCUUAUUUCUGCUUGUUUCGGAGUUCUUCUUAGGUUUCCGAGAUUCAAAAAAAAAGCUGAAGUUCUCGUUAUCUGCAAAUUUUUGAUGGAUAGAAACGUGGGCAGUUACAGUUUUUCUACUCCUCACCCAGAUUGAAAAUUCCCUGUAGAACUUCUGAUUUUUUCUUACUUUUGAAGUCCAUAAAGAUAUAUUUCUGUGCUGCUUUACUACAGAGAAAGAAAGUCAUUUUCAAAGUUUUCAUUUUUUUUUUCAAAUAACUUAAAUGUCAUUUUUUUAUCAAGUAAUAUAAGCAACGUAUCAAUAGGGACCACAGACCUAUUUUUCGAACUUAAGCUAGCUCCUCGUUUUUGUUAUAAAAAUAAUGAUUUUAACAUGUAGUAUGCGAAAACAGAAAAGAAAAACGAAAAAUAUUAAGAUUAAGAGGAGAAAACAAUAUUUAAAAGUAAUCGAAAAGCAAAACUUUUUGCACUGAAAUUUUGGUUUUGCGAAUUCGCAUGCAAUCUGCGCGCACCCUUAUUUGCAAGGUCGGCACGGUUUCAGGAGCCAAAAGAGAAGGUUUUACGAGCUGUAAUUCCACUUUACCAUCACUUUCGUCUCAGUGACUGCACAAAUACAGCCUACUGUGCUCUUUGAAUCCCAUAAAAAAAUGUUAUUUCGCCUACUUUUUAUUCACCUUUUUUUGUUAAGAAAAAAAUUUUUUUCGGCGAUCUUGAAUUUUUUUGCUUUUUAUUGCUUUGUUUGUUUGAAAAAUUAAAAAAACUCUUAUAAAUGAGUAGGAAGAAACGCGUGUCCUCGACCGGGAAAUGUUUCAAAAACAACUCGCAAAAAAAUUCUCCAGCUUUUUUUACCACUCAAAAACAGUACAUUUGCUUGUAGUUGUCAACAAGUAUUAUUUGAGUAAUGUUUUUUUCUCAAUAUGAAAAAAAGCAUGAAAACCUUUCAAUACUGCAUUGCAAUUGAGAAAAACAAUUUUUGACUUUGCGCGCCUCUCAAUUUUUUCGGCGAUCAUAGAAUUUUUUUAUUUUUUUGGCUUAAAAAAAUUGCAUUUACUGUUUAUAAGUAGUUUUUCAAAAAAAUCAACCUUGUCCGCGACCUAGAUGAAUAUCAAAAAGCAAAACUAAGUUUAUUUUUCGAACUCGCGUCACUAUUCCGUACGACACUCCGUUGAAACACAUGGAAAGCACCUAAAAACCUUUUCAACGGAAAGAGGAACCUUUUCUACAUUUAUGCUGAAAUUUUCAUCAUUUUUCAUUGUUUCUAUCGGCUGUACGAAACAAUCAAAGACGGAAUACCAAAAAAAUGGCCUUUUUCCCUCGCGAAAAGGGGCGGGGCUUUGCGGUCGCUACGUAUCAAGGAAGCUGUGCGUUUCAUAAACUUUACUUAUGUCAUUUCUUUCUCUUUUUCUCUGAUUUGAAUAAACAUUAUUACGAAAAGUCCAUAAAAACCUUUUGAAAUCGAAGGAUCCACAAACACACCGAGAGUUUUGGAAAAAGAAGGUUAUACCAGGAAUUUUAGCUUUCCUCGUUUUUUUAGGAAAAAUUGUUUUUCAGUUUCCUGAAUAGAUGAAAUCAGAGUUUUUUUCUUAUCAAUUUCUUUUUCUGAUUUCAUAGUGGCUAGGCUGAAUCUUGGGGCCGAAAUCGUUCAUUUUGCCUUCAUAACCGCUUUAAAUUUGUUUUAUACUCUGAAAUUUCUCGAUACUUUUCUGACAUGAACCUUUUGCAAGGCCUCCCGGCGGCAAAGUAGUUAUAGGAAAUCAUCAAUCACCGUGACGAGCAAUCAGCCAACAGAACUUGGAGGAGCCCUGUGAAGAGGGCUCUUCGCCGUGGUAGUAACACCAAACGGUUGCUCCUCCUCGAAUUUCAGUCCUCGGCAUAUUGUAAUUGGGCACACCGUCUGCCGGCAACACGAGCUCUCCUGUUGUUGCGCCGUGUCUUUUUAUAUAUUUUGAGCUUUUAGAAAGCUUUUCGAACUAAUUUUUGAAGAAUCUAAUUAUCUGGGACUUCUAAAAAGUUUUAGAUCAUUUUUUAAGAAGUAAUUAAAAUUUUUUUCUUAGUAGAAAGUUCAUAUAUUAUUUAACAGGGAUUAUGAUCGAAAAACCGCAGAAAUCUUUGAACGAUUUCUUUACCGCACACUGCCUCGAUGACCGUGUAAAGAUCCUCAUCAACUUUUUAUCAAACUAGAUAUUUUUUUAAUGACCUGAAAUAACAUGAGAACGGCUUUUCACAGAAACCUUGUGUUAUUAUGUCGGAAAAACAUUUUUAUAUUCGAAAAAAAGUCAACUUACACAUGAGUUCGUUUUUAUAGUACAGAAAAAUGUCCUUGUUUUUCCUCUUUUUUUUGUUCAGGUAACUAGGAUCGGAAAAUAAGAAUCGAAAAGACGUUUAGUGGCCAUGAUAACUUUUAAAAUUUAAUUCAAUUUUCGUUAUUUCUCAAAAGUCAAAGGUCAAACUAUGGCUGAAAAAAACUUUGACAAAACACUCCACGUGAAGAAAAAUGCCCUUUUGACGUCUCUGAGAUCGUCUCAAUGUUUCAAUUCGUUAACGACCCCAUACAUUUAAGGUCAAGUAUUUGCGGGAGGAGGAGGACAUCUUGAAAAAUCUCGCACAUGUUUUUGCGCGCAAUGUCCAUAUGUUGGGGGCAUUGGCUCAACAAUUAGACGGAUUCACCUUUGUUUUCUUUAUAACAACAUUUUUUGUGGGAAAAGAAAAAACUUUCAAAUGAAUAAAGUUUGAAGGAACAUUUGGUUAAGGAUACCUGUAUUGAAUUCAAUCUCCAAAGAAGCUUUUCCUUUCUUAAGAAGCAGAAAAGUAGUCUUGUUCCGAAAUUUGGAGAAUCAGAAAGUUUUCUGAACAAAAAGAUCCUGGAAAUACCUUCCGAAAAAACGAGAUAUUGCUGUAAGAGGGGAUUUUUUAUAAGUUUGAGCGGAAUCGCAGUUAUUUCGAGACUUUUCAACCAAAGAAGAGCUUUUUUAACAUCUGAAAGAUCUAGGAAAAUUUCAAGAAAGUGGUCCUGGAAUGAUUGAUUGAACAACGUGCGGAAAAAGUAGGCUAUUGGGUGAUUUUUCAAAGCAUAUCGGCAGAAUUUUGAGAGGCAUAGGGAUUUCGUUAAAGGUUUAGGCUCUAUUAAGCUCAAGUUUCUUUUUUUUUAAUCUAGGUUCAAAUUUUCAAAAUCUUUCUUAAAUUAACGGCGAAGGAAAAUCUUCAAAUUUGAAGAAAAGAAAAAAAAGUUUGCCUCAUUUCGCGAUCAUUUUCACAGCUCAAAACUCUUUCUGAGUUCAAAUAAGUUCAUACAUGAUUUUUCAGAUCUACACGGAUUGGGCGAACCGGUACCUCGCCAAGGGAGACAACUAUAAGCCGAUUCGAGACAUUUCCAACGAGUUGAGGGACUAUCGAAUCGUUGCGCAGUUGAUCAACGUUAUUGGUGAAUUAUUUUCUUAAUAAUGUUAUCAUUUGUGAAAAAAGUUCCUUUUUCUUAUCUCUCUAAUCUGCACGUGAGGACCGUUUCAAUUCUUCAUUUUGAACAGUUCAGGGCCUGAGAAUAUGAAAUGAUUAACUUUUGAGAGUAUCUUCUCAUUUUUUUUUGAAUUUCCAUGUAAGGAGCUUGAUCUUCCGAAAAGAGGAGCUUUUUACAGUUGAUUAUUUCGAAAAACUUUUAAUCUUUGAGGAAAAUAUUAAAAUUUCGAUCCGAUCUUUAUUGUAAACGUAGGACUUUCUAAUGUAUAUUUUCAAAAGUUCAGGGCAAAAAGUAUGGAGAGACUGACUUUCAAAAGAGUUUUCUAAUUCUUUUUUUAAAUCUAUGUCGGGAGGUUUAUGACCUUACCGGAGCCCUUUACAUUCGAAAAACUUUCGAGAUUUAAUUGAGGCGAAGUUUCAAAUUUUGAUCUGAUCUCCAAUGAUAAAAUUAGAAAAGUGUUGCUUUCUAUUCUUCUUCGAAAAACUCUACAGAAAGUUGGAGUUUCAAAUCUUCUUGCUAGACAGUUUUGGGCGCCAAAUUCGAAAAGACAAACUUUCCCAAAGCCGCCUCCCUUUUGUGAUUCUUCUGAAGCGCGAAAAAGGGUCCAUUCAUCGGCUGGUCGCAUUGUCAAACGAAACUUUUUGCCGUCUCCCCUCACUUUUUCAUGGCUCAUUGAACACUGGAAAUCAAAUUUUCGAAUGUUCUGUUGAUAGCCGCCCGCCGUUUCGAAGUCAAAUGGUAGUUGAGAGAUAAACGAUCCGCCGUAAUAGCUUUUCGAAGACGCCGCGUCUUGAAUUCUUAAACUCCAUUUGAAUCGGCGCGCUUUUCAAAUUUCUCGAUUUAUUGCGUUCCGAGUGGAGCCAAUUGUCACUGAUUCGUAUACCCAUUCGAUUUUGGUCAUUAUUCGAAGAAUUGGUGUUUUUGAAAGAUGAUAAUUUUGAGUUUAUUGAUGAACUAACUGAUCUGAAAAAUAUUUGAACUUUUGCACCUUUCUUUUGACUUAAGCCUUUGACAAAACUUUGUCCCCGUUUUCAAGAAUUCUCAGAACUUUUUUGAACGGAUUCCUGACGUUUUUAACAAAAAUCCGCCUCCGAUUUCAAGUGAAUACUCACAAAAUAAAAGUUCGCUUUCAUUUUCAAGAGUCCUACUUUACCUUAUUUUUUAACAGAAGGCUGACUUUUUGGCUGAAUUUUACCUUUGUUUUCAGAAAUCUUCAAUUCUUCUCUUUUUGCCCUACUCUUUUGAAGGGAAAGCUGACGUUUUCUGAUAAAAGUUCGCCUCCAACUUCCAGCAAAUCCUCAAAUCUUGACAUUUUGUUCUUCUUUUGUGAACCGAAAAAUGAAAUUUUUGACGAAAAUUUGUCUUUAUUUUUUAAGAUCUUCAGAGUUUCUGUGAAUGACGCCUUUUUGACAAAAUUCGUAACUACUUUUAAAAGUCUUCGGAAUUCUGAUCUUCAAAAUUUUUUGAACUGAAAGCUGACGUUUUCUGACAAAAGUUCGCCUCCAACUUCCAGCAAAUCCUCAAAAAAUUGAACUUUUGCUGUUCUCCUGUUGCCUCUCCAUUAAAGAACCAGAAACGAACUCCUGCGUUGAGUCAAGCUGCAAGUUGAGAAGCGAAGAGCAAACGCAUGAUAUAGUAGAAGCGUGCUGCGGGUGCAAGCUGAUCAUCCAUGGUGUCUGGGGCCGACGUAACCCGAUCCGCCAGUGUUCGGAAUUGAAUCGCGGCAUCGUGGUCCAUGGCAGGCGCUACUGGUUUUAG